AAAGUCAAAAAAUAUGGUUAUUUUGCGAAGUUACAAAGUUUUGUGGAUGCUUUUAACCAGAAUAUAAAUAUUGUCUUAGUUUCAUUAGAAUUUUUUAUUCCAAACUUGCGAACAACUUUAACAAUCAUAUGUGAUAAGUAAGAUCAUGGGUGGCAAGCAUAAAGUGGCAAAUAGAACAAAAAACAAUGCGAGGCCAUCUAAUAGUGGAAGAAGUGCAGAACUUCUGGGUACAUCUAUACCACAGUUUGCGGGAUUUUCAGGAAUAAAAGAUACUCCUUUUGGAUUUUCCUGCACUACUGAUGAGAUAGACACAUCCUUGGACCCAAAUACUCAAGUGAUAUUCAAAAAAAUUUCAAAAAAAGAUUCUACUACAAAAAUUAAGGGACUACAAGAACUAGCAGCUUUGAUUAAAGAGUCAGAUCAAGAUACUGUAAAGACAUUAUUGCCAGUGUGGCCAAGAUUUUAUAGUGUUCUUGUCACAGAUACUGACAAUAGAGUCAGAGAAGCAACACAUAAUGUGCACCAUCAAAUAAUACUUAAAGUGAAAAGGAAUAUUGCUCCUUACUUAAAGCAAUUAAUGGCCCCUUGGUUUACUUCACAAUAUGAUACAUAUGCACCUGCUGCCAGUGCUGCUUCACAAUCUUUUAAGGAUGCUUUUCCUCCAAAUAAAAUUCAAGAGGCAAUUGUUUUUUGUCAAGAAGAAAUUCUCAAUUAUCUAAGUGAUAAUUUACUAGUUCAAACUGCUCAGACAUUAAGUAAUCUAAAACAUGUAUCAGCAGAAGAAGCGGAAGCUAAAUAUGAACGAGUAUUGAUAUCUUGUCUACAGGGUUAUUGCUUAUACUUGGAGAAAGUAUCUGCUGAACAAAUAAAAAAUACAUCUGAAUUGAAUAACAGCAUUAUUUCUAACGCAAAAUUUUGGAAAUUCUCUAAAAGUAAAGUAGCUCAUGUAAGGGCUUCCUUUUUUAGUAUUAUAUCAGUAAUCUGCCAAAAAGCUACUUUUCUGUUUGAUGAUAAAGGAUCUCAAGUUGUCAACAGUGUCUUUGUUGGUCUUGAUGAAUAUGAUCCAACAGUUUUACCUAAAAUUUGGGAAGCCACACUUUUGACAAUGUCCAACAUAAAGGAUUGGUGGACAUACAUAAAUAUAGAAAAAUUAUUUUUACCAAAAUUGUGGAAGAUUCUCAAACAAGGAGGUCAAGGAAAUGCCUCAAUUAUAUACCCAAGUUUGUUGCCUUUAAUAUCUCAUCUACCUCAGACAAUUGAUGAUAAUGCACCCCAAUUUUACAACUUAUUUUUUGAAAAUCUAUGGUUAGGGCUUAAUCAAAAAUCCACUGUUUCUAGUCGUUCAGAAUCGGUAGCGGUAGCCACAGCUUUCGUGGAGUGCCUUCAAUACGUGAUUUUAAAAAGGCAAUCUGAUCUUCCUUUUUGUAAAACUCUAAUAAAAGCGCAUCUCGUUAAUUCAGUAGAAUGGUGUCUAAUUGAAGACCAAGUAAAUUAUAAAACCUUAUUUAAUCAAAUAUCGACGUUAAUACAGCAUUGGAGCCGCAACUUAGACUCCGAGUACCUAAAUGUUUGCCUAGAAUUCUUUUUAGAAAAUAUUAGAGAUGUUUUUAGAGAUACUUUGUUUAAUGUUAAGGAAUUACCUGGACAUAGCGUAGAAAAGAUAGCUGAUAAGCAGUUGGAUCUACUACAGUCAUUGAAAGUUACCCAUAAAUCAAAGAAACAGUUUAAGCCAGUGUUUUUGCAGUAUGUAGCUUCUUUGAUCAUCAUAUUCAGGAUGGUUAAAUUCAGCAGCGAUGAAACUGAUAAUCAAGAUUCUAAACAUAAACAUUCCAAAACAAUUUCUGACGAUAAAAUGUACUACACUCAUUUGAACAAACUUGUCUAUGACAUCUGUGAAGAUUAUGUUAAGUACAUUUCUGAAAAGAAAUCGCGAAUGUUGGUUAAACACCUUUACUCACUAGUAAUUGAUUUUGAUACAAAGAACUUCUUUUCGAACCUCAAUGAAAAGAUGAAGCAAAAAGUACCUGACUCCAAACUGAUUGAUGUAUAUACCCAAAUUCUUCAUAUGUGGCUCGUUGGUCCAGAGUGGUGUUGCAAACACGUUGUUAGUUUAAUUUUUUUGAUGUUUGAAUACCUUGAGAGUACGGAAAAACAGCAGAUUUUAAAUACAUUUUCGAAGAUAACAUCAGAAGAGUGUUUAAGUUGGUGUAUUUCAGAAGCUUUAUCUCAUCCGUACAAUAAAGAUGAAUUGGUAAAGAAGUGGUUACGAACGGAGAAAAUUAGUAAAUUCAUCGUUUCAAUCACUGACAAGAUUGUAAUCGAUGAAUGUCCACCAGAUUUAAGUACAUUGUUUAAGGUUGCGCUAACUGAGAAUCAAGAUGGAGAACUUUUUAUUUGUGAUGCUGCUGUUGCCGACAUAAUAUCCAAGCUGGUAUCAGUAGUAGAAAAUUAUUCGGACCACGUAGUUACUGCUGAUACCUGUACGAGCCUUGCAGCUUAUAUUUGUGCCAUCAUCUAUACAGACAAUCUAUUAUUAACAUACAGCGAUCAACUGCUACUGGCUCUUUUCAGAUUGUCUUGUAAUUCAAAUAUUGAUAACGAAAUUAUAUCGACAGAAACGAUAUAUGAACUAACCAGUGCUUGGCAAGAUGCGGUUACUCUAUUAUGUAAAAAUAUGAAUAAAGAAGAAAGCUUAACAUUAGUGUCUAAACUUGCAGUAGUGGUAGAAGAAGAGUUUAUGAAAAGUAAUCUAGACGAGGCAAAUGUAAACUAUUUAAUCAAUGUAGUUGUUAACACUUUAAGAGCGGUUUAUAAAAGUUUACCUCUACAUUUAACUGUAUUUUUAAUGGUGUUCGUCGAAAGAAAAUUUAUAAAUUCCUUUAAAAGUUAUAUAGAAGAACUGUGCAAAGUAGCCAAAUAUAUCAGUGGUGAGUUGAGUAACCCUCGUGAAGAACUUAAAUACAUUUCGAACACAAUUGAUAAAAUUGAUAUUGCUAGAUAUUUCACUUGGAUUUACUUUAAACUUGGGAUAGUUGCGUCUACUCUUAAAGAUAUUUUGCCAGAUGAAUACGAGGAUGAAGAUGAUGAGGAAGACAAAGACCCUCCUGGUGGUGAUAUUGAAAAACCUAGUAUUAUUUUAAAAGUUAUUGACCGUCCAGAAAAAUACGUUGCACAAAUUCUACAUGAUUUGUGUGUAUGUCAAGUAUAUAUUGAAACGUUUAAAAAUACGCUGUAUUUUGAUUCCAUUGUGCAUUUCUACGUAUUAACAGAAAUGAAAAUGAAGUCCACAUUAAACAAUACCGAUAAGUUGUUUAGAUCAAAUCUUAAAAGGAUUAUAAAAGAAAAUACCAGAAAAUACGGUUGGCAGUGGCCUGCAGUGGCUUAUCUUUUGUAUUCAGAAUUAUUACCCGAAGAUCUACAAAGUAUUUAUAAAGAAUUUGUACAGGAUGCGUCAAAAACGGAUAUCUCUUAUGAGUUACAUUUGACUCAAGUUCUUAGUCAGAAUAUUAAUUAUGAUUUCGUUCAUAAUAAAGCCAAUGCGAUUGAUAAUAUUGUCUCGUUGCGUAGUUUAAUUCGGUGUGACGACAUUGACGUUCAAAUAGCUGAGGUAUUUACGCAAAUGGAAACAAUUAGAAGCAAGAAUGUGCCACAGUUCCUGUACAAUACUCGUGAUAUAAGUUGGCAAGACUGUCAAGAAAUUGUUGAGGUUAUAAGAUUGUGUGCAGCUAUGAUGGAACAUAAAUUCAACACACUGAGCCAAAGACAUUGGGAUUUUGCUGUUUUGUCCCUAGUGUCAUGGGCAUCAAAUUGCCUAAAAUUCAAAGAUUUUUAUGAUUCACUUCAGUACCAAGCAAUACUCUGUUCGGUGGUCAGUUUAUACGUCAAUACAGAUAACAAGAUUAAAGAAUUAAAACAAAAGGAUGUUUCAAGCAGUUUUGUUGACGAAUGGCAAGAUGUUCUGGUGGAAAGUAUACAUUCCGAUUUAUUACAAACGUGGCUGUAUCUCGCUGAUAAGUUUAAAGACAAGAAGGAUAUUAUGAAAUAUAUACCCCUGAUACAAGAAUUAUCGAAGCUCCUUGAUAACAUAAACUGUGAUACAAUAUUUAAACUAAGUGAAUCGACCUUACCAAAAUGGACAAAAUUCUUAAAACAAGGUUGUGUCUUGUUGGUAAACUCGCAACCGAACUUGCAAUCGUGGGGAUAUAAAAUAUUGUUAGUUUUGGUACCUGGUUUGGUCAAAAUUGAUAAUGAAGCUGUUAUUACCAAUACACCGCAUCACAAUGGCCUGAUUUUCGAACAGUUUAAGGAAAAAUUGGUCGAAACGCACGAAAUUAUUAAUAGCAUGCUGAUGGGUUUCAAGUUGGGUGAAGAUAGUUGCAGAGUUGAACCGAUGACAGAUUCGUAUACUUAUUCUCUGGCAUAUCUACUUCUUUGGGAUGUUCUUUUGACGCUGUGUGACAGUGCUAGCACUGAACUUCGUUUCCAGUAUGCGGAUUGGCUCAGGAAUGAAAAUUUAUUGAACACUUUUUUAAACAAUCUGUUUAAAUUAAUGCCGACCGAAGUUUUACAUUAUGGUGAAGGGAAAUCGAAAUGCAUUAUGGACAAUUUUGUAAAGAAACCUCAAAUGAGCGCAAAAGAUGCUUGUGACAGUGAGAAGAUUGAACAACUAGUAUGCUGGCUUUAUUCGUCUACUUUAGCACAACUACCGGCGUUAGUUCGACAAUGGUGGACAACAUUGGAUAGCAAAUUAGCACAAGUAGUGGAGAAAGUAACUCAAAUAUACGUAUCUCCUCGUCUUAUUACACAAGAAUUGAACGAUGUAAUGACAUAUCAGAGCAAAUUUAAGAAUAUGGUGCUUAAAGUAUCGCAGGUGGCAAGAGAAAUCACAGCAAUAUACACUGUAGACGAGAUACAAGAAGAUUUAGUUAUAAGUUUACCUCAAAACUACCCUCUUGGUGGACUGACACUUCAAUGUAAAAAACAGAUUGCUGGAUCGAGUAUUAAACAAUGGUUGUUACAGUUUAAAAAAUGUGUAAUACAUCAGAAUGGGAAAAUAUGGAAUGGUCUCUCUUUGUGGAACAACAAUUUAGAAAAGAAGUUUGAUGGCGUAGAGGAAUGCUAUAUCUGUUUUGCUGUUCUACACCAAGGAACGUACCAACUGCCGAAGUUAUCUUGUCAGACUUGCAAGAAAAAAUUCCAUUCUGCUUGCUUAUAUAAGUGGUUCCGAACAAGCUAUAAGAGUUCUUGUCCAAUUUGUAGAAAUUUGUUUUAAGACCAGAAUUUUAUUUUGACUGUUAAUAGAAAUUAUUGUUUCUAAAUAUAUUUAUUUUUCUUGGUUCUUAAUAUGGAUCUAAAAAUAAAGGAUAUAUUUUCAUG